AUGUACUGUGAAUUCAACUUUUACUUCUCCAACCCAGCCGAGUUCCACGACCUUUGUCCAAAUGGGCAAGGUCUCUACUAUGAAGAGCGUCUCCAGUACAACCUCCCGGCCUACCAGGAUAUUGACGAGUGUUCCUUGUUUGCUGAAGAAAUCUGUAAGAAAGGUCGCUGUGAGAACACGCUUCCAGGCUACGAGUGCUACUGUCAACAGGGCUUCUACUACGAUAGCAACCUCCUUGAGUGCAUUGAUGUGAACGAAUGUCACGACGAGUCUAUGUGUACUAAUGGCCGGUGCAUCAACACUGAAGGGUCCUUCUACUGCAACUGCAAUCAACCCUGGGUCCCAGACUCCAACAGGAAAAAGUGCGUAAUGGUAACAGUAGCAGAUGUGAAUGAGUGUGAGAACCCAGAAAAUUGUAAAAAUGGCCGCUGCGUGGACACCCCGGGCUCCUAUUACUGCAUCUGCUCUCCACCCUGGACCCUGGCCACUGACCGCAACAGCUGUGUGACUCCUGAGGAGCAGGCUGGUGAGUGCAGACUCCCUGCAGUGGGAGAGACCAGUGAUCAGUGUUAUAUGUUAC